AUGCGUGCUCUCUUGAGUCGCGGGGCUGCUGUGUGGGGCCGUCUAGGCCCUGCCUGUGUCCGCAGCAGCAGCAGCAGCAGCGCGUUUGCGCGUCGUUUCUUUACGUCAGCAGCAGCAGCAGCAGCAGGAGCUCCAGCAGCAGCAGGCGCAGCAGCAGGCAAGACCUCUGCAGCAGCAGCAGCUGCAGCAGCAGGUGGCGUUGCUGCGGGAUCGGGAUCGGGAUCGGGAUCGACUGGCCGCAUAGCGCAAGUGAUUGGGGCGGUGGUUGAUGUUGAGUUUGAUGGCCCCUUGCCUCCAAUUCUGAACUCUUUGGAGGUGCAGCUGCAGCACCCCCAGCAGCAGCAGCAGCAGCAGCAGGAGCAGCAGCAGGAGCGAUUAGUGCUCGAGGUAGCGCAGCACUUAGGAGAAAAUAUCGUUCGAACAAUUGCAAUGGACGGGACAGAUGGCCUCGUAAGGGGGCAGCUUGUUAGAGACACUGGAAACCCCAUUCAGGUUCCUGUUGGGGCUGGCACAUUGGGGCGUAUUAUGAAUGUUGUCGGAGACCCCGUCGAUGCAUGCGGCCCGAUACAAACAACUCAAAAGUUUUCAAUUCAUCGCUCUGCUCCUUCCUUUGCAGACCAAGCAACAGAUCCCGCUCUGCUGAUGACUGGGAUAAAAGUUGUAGAUCUGAUGGCACCGUAUGCUAAAGGGGGGAAGAUCGGUUUAUUUGGUGGUGCAGGGGUGGGAAAGACAGUGCUUAUAAUGGAGUUAAUAAAUAAUGUAGCAAAGAAGCAUGGAGGCUUCUCUGUUUUUGCAGGGGUAGGUGAAAGAACUCGUGAAGGAAACGAUCUUUAUCAUGAAAUGCUACAAACUGGAGUCAUCAAGAAAAAACAAAAAGAAGACGGUACAUGGGAUUUCAGUGGAAGUAAAGCUGCUCUGGUGUAUGGGCAGAUGAAUGAGCCUCCAGGGGCUCGAGCACGUGUUGCAUUAACAGGUUUAUCUGUAGCAGAAUAUUUCAGAGAUGAAGAAGGUCAAGAUGUCUUGCUCUUUAUUGAUAAUAUAUAUCGCUUUACACAAGCAGGAAGCGAAGUCUCUGCUCUUCUAGGUCGUAUUCCUUCUGCUGUUGGCUAUCAACCAACACUGUCUACAGACUUAGGAGCUCUUCAAGAAAGAAUUACAACAACAAAGAAAGGGUCUAUUACCUCUGUUCAGGCGGUGUAUGUACCGGCAGACGAUUUAACAGAUCCUGCUCCUGCUACAACCUUUGCACAUCUUGAUGCUACAACAGUUCUUUCAAGACAGAUCAGUGAAUUAGGUAUUUAUCCAGCAGUAGAUCCUCUUGAUUCAACUUCGCGUAUGUUAGCCCCAGAGAUUGUCGGGGAAGAGCAUUAUACCGCCGCCAGAGCAGUGCAGAAAGUGCUUCAAGAUUACAAAUCUUUGCAAGAUAUCAUUGCUAUCUUGGGAAUGGAUGAAUUAAGUGAAGAAGAUAAACUUGUCGUCGCAAGAGCGCGAAAAAUGCAGCGUUUCCUUUCGCAGCCAUUCACAGUCGCUGAAGUAUUUACAGGGAAACCUGGAAGAUUUGUGGAGCUAAGCGAAACAAUUAGUGCGGCUCAAGACAUAGUUGGUGGAAAAGUUGAUGAUCUUCCUGAAGCUGCAUUUUAUAUGUGCGGAGGACUCGAAGAAGUCAAAGAAAAAGCACUGAAAAUGGCUCAAAGUGCCGCUGCAUGA